UGCUGAAGUGAAAACUUUGAGCUGGACACGCGCUUGAUUUUAUAUUACAUUAGGGUAACAGCGAAUUGGACAACGCGAAAUAUUAUUUUUAUUAUGGUGUGACACCAGUAGCAUCUACCGCAAUUAUAACAUUCAUCGCCGGCAGGGCGUGAGGGGUGACAGGAUGGCAGAGGGCGAUGAAUGCUCGGGAGGGGAGUGGAAGGAGAAGUACAUGGCCCUGGAGACCCUGCUUUUUAAGUUUCGUGGACAGAUGAGUGUGAUACGAGAGCUCACGGCGGAGAAGAUGCAGCAGUUGGAGACACAGGUUUUGGAAGCAGAACGUCGUGCAUAUGAAGCCAACCAGCAGGUGCAAUGGAUGGAAGAGCGUCUAAAGGCAUCGGAUGUCCCGUUAGCUGAUUCAGAGCUUCGGCUCUUCAGACGCUGUCAAAGCCUUCAAGCAUCACUACAGGAGAAAGAUGAGCUCAUCGCCAGCCUGGAGCAACAGCUGGAGGAACAGAAACAGAACCGAAUCCAAGAUGCCAAGACAGUGGAGGAAAAAGCAGCCAAGAUCAAAGAAUGGGUGAUGAAGAAGCUGAAUGAGUUUGAUGUGGAGAAUGCCUCUCUGAGAGAGAUCAACCAACAACACGAGUCUGAGAUACAAGACCUGAAAAGACAAGUGCAAGCCAUGACACCUUUGUGUACUGGUGGCCCAGUCCAGCCCAAUGGAGGUGAAGCGCAGCGACUCAGCAGUCUGACAUUUGGCUGUUUCCAGAUCAGAGGAAAGAACCCUCAGGUACUAGCAGGCCCAGAACCAUCCCAGAAAAGCAUCAGUACCCUGCCGGAUCAAGACCGAACACGCAGAAGACCCUCUACCGAUUGUGAUCCAGAAGCAGAGCACCAGAAACAGGGAUCUGAGGAAGAAGGUGAACAUGACAACAUUGGAGACACAACAUCUUGCGGGAUCUCUGUCCUAUCUGCUUCAGAAGGGGACAGUUGUCUGUUUGGAGGUUUAAACCGACCCACCAGCGAGACCUACCUCACCUCUGAUGACAGCAGCUCGCUGUUCGACGACGACAUGCAGCACGCUGAGUUCUUCAAUCUCUUCAUACCUGGGACUAAAAACUCUAGGAGUAAAGAUGGAAAGAAGACGGACAUUGAAGAUGGGUCAUCAGAUGACCUAAAUAAGCGUUUCCAAUCGCAAUGUCUGGAUUCCUCAUCUUCCUCCAGUGACACAAACACCCCUAGUCCUAUCCUAACCCCAGCCCUCACCCCAAAGCGUCCCACCCCUUCCCAAGAUUCCCAAGACACACCCGCGUCUCCCAAACAGCCCCGUCUGCGCACUCCCACCGCGUUUAAUGUUAGUUUGGCAUUAGCCAAGAAGCACCUGAGCCAACCUUCACUGUACAGCGAAGCUGAGCACGGGCGGACACGUAACGCCAUCAGCAUGCUACGUCCUCUCCGACCUCACGAGACAGACAUGGAUCAAGAGCAAAGGAUGGAGACCUGUGAACGAGAGCAUCCUGAGGCAGAACCACCGGCUGAAGUACCGCCCGAAGAACCCGAAACACCCGAAGCCUGCGCAGCCGUGCCGGGGAGCAAACCACCAACCCCUCCUCUGCACAGGUUGCCUUCUUGGGAGAGCAGAAUAUAUGCUGUGGCAAAAUCUGGAAUUCGUCUAUCAGAGAUGUCAUGCACAGAUGUUUCUAAUAAAGACUCCUCCCACUCAUCAUCUUGCCCCGCCUACAUGCUGUACACAUCCCUCAUAUACAGGAACACCACCUCGCCUGUCUUUACCACAGUUAAAGGGAGGGCGACAUUGUUAAGCCCUAAUGAUUUCCCAGAGGAGUCGUCCAGUUCAGAGGAGGAAGAAGAGGAGUGUCAGUGUAACUCUGGAGAGGAGUCGGUGUCUGUGUGCAGCUCCAACACCUCUGGAUCAGACCCAAAUAAGAGCAGCAGCCACGAAAGCCCACGAUCUUUGAAGAGAGCCGUGUCAUUGUCUUCAAUGACAUCUGAAUGCGACUACGCCAUCCCUCCCGAUGCCUACUCCACUGACACUGAGUGUUCAGAGCCAGAGAAUAAACUGCCCAAGACCUCCUCCACCAGCAGUGACAAUGACAAGACUGAGUCAAUGGAGAAGUCUGGAUACCUGCUGAAGAUGGUAAAGACCUGGAAGAAAACAUGGAAAAGACGCUGGUUCGUUUUGAAAGACGGGGAGCUGUUAUAUUACAAGUCACCAAGUAAUGUCAUUCGUAAGCCUCAAGGCCAGAUUGAGCUCAAUGCUUCAAGCACUAUAGCACGUGGUGAUGGGAAACAGAUACUUCAGGUGGUGACAGGUAAGAGUGUACAUUAUCUGAAGGCCGAUUCACCAAACCUUCUGGAGGAAUGGCUGAGGGUCCUGCAGAGUGUAUUGAGAAUUAAAGCUGCCAGUCCUCUCUUCACACAUCCUGAUGCACGGCCAGUCAUGAAAGGACACCUGAUGAAGGUGAAGUAUGGAUACUCGAAACAUGUAUGGUGUGCACUGUUUGGAAAAUCGCUGUAUUGCUUUAGGAGUCAAGAGGAUAAGUUUCCUCUGGGUCAGAUCAAACUUUGGGAGGCUGUUGUGGAAGAAGUGGAUAAGUCGUGUGAAUCAGAAAAAGUCUCGGCUCAGUACACCCUGUCUAUCCAACCAGUGAAUCAGAGUCCAACAUAUCUGCUCAUCGACUCACCUCAUGAGAAGACGGCCUGGUUGUACCACCUGUCUUUGGCAGCGGGCACUUCAGUGGGGCAGGUGGGCACUGAGUUCGAGCAGCUGGUUGGUAAACUCCUCAACGUGGAUGGAGAUCCAGGGUCUCAGUACUGGAGACACCCAACACUGUGUUUCACAAAGGAAGGUCUUUCGUCUCCACUCACCACCCUCCCAUCCCAGGCUCUUCAAACUGAAGCUAGAAAGCUCUUUAAGACAUGUCAGCUCUUCAUUAAUGUCGCCAUUGACACUCCAGCCAUAGAUUAUCAUGUGACUCUUGCCCAAUGUGCUCUGCAAGUGUGUCUGACCCAUCCGGAGCUGCAGACUGAAAUCUACUGUCAGCUUAUUAAACAAACUCGCAGGAGACAACCGCACGGACAGCCAGGACCACUGCAGGGGUGGCAGUUUCUGUCUUUGUGCGUCGGUCUCUUUCUGCCCACACAUCCCAUUCUUUGGCUUCUGCAGCUGCAUCUUAAGCGGCAUGGAGAUAUGAGGACAGAAAUGGGAAAGUAUGCCAUCUAUUGCCAGCGUUCGCUGGAACGGACGCAGCAGAAAGGUGAACGGCAAGCUCGUUCUUCACGUAUGGAGAUCCUGUCCAUCCUUCUAAGGAACCCUUAUCAUCACUCCCUACCCUUCAGCGUGCCCGUGCACUUCCUUAACAACACUUACCAGGUUGUUGGUUUUGAUGCUUCAACCACAGUGGAGGAAUUUCAGAGCCGUCUGAACCAGGAGACGGGCGUGAGAAAGACCGGCCACUCUGGUUUUAGUCUUUAUUCGGACGACCCCACUGGCAGAGACUUUGAACACUGUCUACAGGGAAACCUGAAGAUUUGUGACAUUAUUGCAAAGUGGGAGCAGGCGGCUAAGGAGCAUCACGCAGGCAAAUCUGAGAACAGCAGGACGAUCAAACUCACAUAUAAGAACAGGUUAUAUUUCUCACAGCAGAUGAGAGGAGAGACUGAGAGAGAGCGUUUCCUGCUGGCUUACCAGACAAAUGAAGAAAUAACAGCAGGUCAUUUUCCUGUAAACAAAGAGCUUGCUUUAGAGAUGGCCGCUCUGCUUGCACAGGUGGAGUUUGGGGACUUUGAACGUCCAUUUUCUAGUCCGGGUGGUUCGGGAACCGGACAGACUAAGUCUAAGCAGACCCUGAAGCAAGUUUUUGAGCGCUUCUUCCCAAAGCAUUACAGACACGCCUGUACUGAAGAGCAGAUGGGGCAGUUAAUGCAGAGGCUGUCCAUCCGCUGGGCAUCUCUGAGGGGUCGAAGUUCCUCUGAGUGCAUACGAAUCUACCUGACCGUAGCUCGGAAGUGGACAUUGUUUGGAGCGAAACUAUUUGAGGCUGAGCCUGUUUCUCCAGUUCUGCAACACAACACACGUGUUUGGCUGGCAGUACAUGAAAAUGGAGUUAGCGUACUGGAGUUCAACUCAAUAAAAGUUCUAGCAUCUUACCCUCAUAAAAACAUUGUGACGUUUGGAGCGUCGGCUCAGGAUUUUAUGCUGGUAGUAGCUCUGGGAUCUGGGACAUCCAAAGACAAGCCCACAGAGAAACAUUUGUUUGCUAUGGACACCUGUAAGCUUCGAGACCUGGCACUGCUCAUUGCCAGCUAUGUUAACAGCGCCCAACAGCAAAAAUCAGCAGCCCACCAUCUAUCUGCUCCAGCCUUGAUGCUCGUCCAGUCUGGAGAGCUGAAGAGCAAAGAAUCAAGAAGCAAAUCUCCACCAGCGGCCUGCAGACCCAGCAAAGCCCCCACCUUGCUUUAAUACACACACCGGUGGAGUUUUGGUGUUCUUAUGGACUGUGUCUCCAUUGGUGCUGGGUUAGGGUUAGAGGUCUUUCCCAGUUUUUGGAUGAUGGCCUCCUAGAAAUUCCCAGAAUGCACUCCAAGGAUCAGUGUAGGGCUGGGCGAUACUGACCAAAUCAUACUGAUCAGUCAUUUUGGGUUUAAAUGACGAUACAAUAAAUAUCUUCAUUUUCUAAAAGGUGGAAUAAACGUCUACAUGCAAGUCAAAGCUUCGUGUGAGAUAACACAAUCAUUUUUAUUGUUUGGAAAUAUACAGCUGUACAACAUGUGAGAUGCUUGUGUCUGACAUCAGUGUGCAUUUCUGCCAGAGCUUCUGUUGCAAAGGAGGGUGAUAUUAAACCAUAUCGAUAUAGACGGUAUUGUCUCAUCUCAAACUCAAUAUACUGCCCAGCCCUAGAUCAGUGUGCUUUGUCUGCUAAGUAUAUUUACAUUAUGGAAAUGAAAUCAUAUUCUUCAGUCUUCCAAAAUUACAUGCAUUUUUCAUAAUGAAGCUGUGUAUUUUAACAGCUACAGCAAAUAUUGAUGUAUGACGAUGAAGUAUAUCAGUACAAUAAUGUGUCCUCUGGAUUUUUUUAUGGAUUUUUAUGUAACAAGAAAGUUGAUUCUUGUUAGAUUCUCAAACAAAGUUGUUUCAAUCAUCUUAAAUUUAAGGCAGUACAUUAAAUACUACCUUCAUAAAUAUAUUUUACUAUUUAAAUAUAUUCUUUCUACUUCAAAAUAAUAAAAAUAUGAUUUUAUUUUAAUUAUGCUAAUGUGAAUUAUGUAAAUAAUAGGGAAUUUGAUAUUUUUAUGGGUGAAAUUUGACUCGCAUGGGGCAGGUUCCACGUGAUUCACCCAAAUUUACAACAUUAUAUAAAAAUUCAAACAGAUGAACUAGUUUACUGAUGCCUGAGGCAAGUAAUAUAUUCAUAUGAACUCAAAACACUAACCAAACACACUUUUUAUUUAUCAUAUUUAGUACACUUAAUCUACUUUAUAAAUUUUUGUAGUUUACUCAAUUUUUGUGAUCAGGACUGAGCAGUGCUUUAGUUUAAGCUCCCAUUUCCACGGGCCAUUGAAUUAUCAUGUUCAUAUAGAGUGAAAACACGAUGGGAUUACGAUAAAAUUGGAAGUCUGUUGUAACCCAUCAUUAUUUAACCUUCCGGCAUUCCCACGUUCCAUGGAAUAUCGUCACGUUCAUGUACAAGCAUGUAGAGUGAGUACGUGAUGGAAUUGUGAUGAAACCGGAAGUUUGUUGUAAUCUAAACAGAUGCUUGUGAUGUGAUACUGUCCUUACAAAAUGGCUGUGGUGUGCUUAUUAUCCAGCAUUACAAAAUUAUUAAUUACAUGUGUUUGUUUGUUGGAAAAGGGACCCUGUAAUAGAUGAUGUCAACAAAAAUGUAUUUAUUUAAUUCUUAUAUAUUUUAAAUAAUAAACAUUCAACAUGCUAUCAAAAUAAAA